CUUUUAUUACGUGCCAGACCCCUCUGGAAAGAGCCUCCAUGGAAUUCAUCAUCUGCAGUGUUUGGUUCAGUGUUAGCUUUUGUGUUCUGGGAAGUCAGGGGUGAUUCUGCCCACUGUUGGUGCAGAGAUGUCUCUCCUCUUCACUCUCCGCUCCUGCUUCACUGCCCUGCUCCUUGCUGGGAAUAGUCCUUGACAGGAUACGAGAGAUGAAAGUAAUGAGACUGAAGCCAGCAAGAUGAGUAAAUUAAGAAGAACAAGAAAGAAAGUCACAAAACAUGUUUUCUCAACUGAAAUAGGAGAAAUGGAUAUAUCCAACUCAAAAGAAAGGAUCAGAAACCAAAUGGUGCGCCACAAGUUGGAGGAUGUGAGCAAACCACUUGUGGGAGCUGGCUCCGCAGACUCCUAUCUGCCACAAGAUGACAAGGACUCCGAGAAUCAGACAACAGGGAUAAAACCAUCACCCCUCAAAACUUCAGCCAGUGCUCCUUGUCGUGAAUUUAACACAAACUCCAACCAUACUGAUAACACCAGGGACAGCACUGAAAUUCCGACCACACCUCAUCUCUCCUCUAGAAUGAAGCACAUUAAACAAGAGAUGGCCAAAAAUCACCUUCAGUUUGUGCGAUUUGAAGCAACAGACCUCCAUGGUGUGUCCAGAUCUAAGAGUAUCCCUGCACACUUUUUCCAAGAAAAAGUGAUCCACGGCGUCUGCAUGCCCCGAGGUUAUCUGGAACUGAUACCGAAUCCUAAGGACGAUGAAGUCGAUCACAUAAGAGCAACGUGUUUUAAUAGUGACAUCGUCCUGAUGCCGGAGCUCUCAACCUUCCGGGUUCUGCCAUGGGCUGAGAGAACUGCCAGAGUGAUAUGUGACACGUUCACUGUGACUGGGGAGCCUCUUUUGACUUCCCCACGGUACAUCGCCAAAAGGCAGCUGACCCAGCUGCAGGACACUGGCUUUUCCCUGCUCUCCGCCUUCAUCUAUGAUUUUUGCAUUUUUGCUGUGCCCGAAAUUAUCAAUUCAAAGACCAUCUCUUUCCCUGCUUCAACACUGCUAAAUAAUCAUGACCAGCCUUUCAUCCAGGAGCUCGUUGAUGGUUUGUAUCACACUGGAGCCAAUGUCGAGAGUUUUUCCUCCUCUACCAGGCCCGGUCAGAUGGAAAUCUGUUUUUUGCCCGAAUUUGGCAUCAGUGCAGCUGAUAAUGCAUUCACCCUCAGAACAGGUGUCAAAGAAGUUGCGAGGAAAUAUAAUUACAUCACCAGCUUUUUCAUCGAGACCGGAUUCUGCAAUUCAGGAAUUUUGUCUCACAGUCUCUGGGAUGUCGGGGGGAAGAAAAAUAUGUUUUGCAGCAAUUCUGGAGUCGAGGAGCUCACGAUCACUGGGAAAAAAUGGUUGGCAGGGCUCUUGAAGCACUCUGCUGCUCUCAGCUGCCUGAUGGCUCCUGCUGUUAGCUGCCGGAAGCGUUAUUCCAAGGAGAGUAAACACCUCAAGGAGAGUGUGCCUACGACAUGGGGAUACAAUGACAACAGCUGUGCUUUUAAUAUCAAGUGUCACGGUGAGAAAGGCAGCCGGAUAGAAAAUAAACUGGGCUCCGCGACUGCAAAUCCAUACCUGGUGCUGGCGGCGACGGUUGCUGCGGGCUUGGAUGGACUUCAAAGCAGUGACGGUGUCCUGGCCGGUCCCGAUGACAGCACGGACUUCUGUCAGGCCAAAUCUGCCAAGAUCCCUUUGAAACUAGAAGACGCUCUUGUAGCACUGGAGGAAGAUCAGUGUCUGAGACAGGCCCUGGGGGAAACUUUCAUUCGCUAUUUCGUUGCCAUGAAAAAAUAUGAGCUGGAAAAUGAAGAAACAGAUGCUGAGAGAAAUAAAUUCUUAGAAUAUUUUAUUUAGACUAGAACCCUUAACUAUUCUUUUGGAGAUGUGUUUUUUAAGUAGCUGAUCUCCCAGGAAGAAAAGAUUGGAUUUUUAUAAUCAACGACAGAAGGACUACAUAGGCUUUCGCUCUUUUUUGUCCCAAUGGAAUAUUUGACCGAUGAAGUGGGACUGCUGAGAGGAUUCUGAUAGUAGAAGCAAACAAUAAAGUUGUGGUGCAGCUGUAAUAUGCAGAUUUCCCAGGUCUUGUUGGUCAGUCAUCGUUUCUGCUGUUUAUGUUGACCUAGAGAGAAAUAUUCAGUUAUUUCAGGCAACAGAUACAUUCAUAUAAUAAAGAAGUCUUAAGAAUUACAAAGCAAAAUGUAAAUGACUGAAAAAAAGAAGAAUUUCAAUUAUACACAUACAU